GUCCAGUUAGCUAGUUACUUAUGUCAACGCGUACUGUUGUUUUUGGUGUUGAUUAUAGCGGACUAAACUCCACGGUGAAGUGAAGUUUCUAACGGCGUGGAGCCGAGACCAUGCUUUGGAAUCUAGCUCAGACUACAUCGAUUCGCCCAAGAUCUGUCAACAUAACCUGAGAAGUAAGUCGCCAUGAAACGUCUAUAUAUCGGUGGUCUGAGCCACACCAUCACCCACAAGGAUCUGAAAGACAGAUUUGGUAAAUUUGGUGACGUCCAGGAUGUGGAACUCAGGACCAGACGAGAUGAUGAAGGAGUUCCUUAUAAAACCUUUGGAUAUAUCAACUUAGAAAUUACUGAUGCUGAUUUUAAGAAAUGUAUGACUGUGCUGAACAAGUCCAAAUGGAAAGGUGGAACAAUACAAAUUGAGCAGGCCAGAGAAAGCUUCUUACAGAAACUAGCCCAGGAGCGUCAUGACGCUGCAGAGAAGAUCGAGUCGCCAAGCGUCAACCACAAAGUCAAACUAGUGGAGUCUAUGAAGGAGGCAGGAGUGGAGAACUUCCAUAUGAAGGCAGCCGUUCCCGGGACAGAGAUACCUGGACACAAGGAUUGGGUCGUGAGUAAAUUUGGACGAGUCCUCCCAGUUCUUAAUCUCAAGUGCCAAGGAAGGAACAAGUUUAUCAAGUACGAUCCAUCGAAACACAGCCACAACAUCAAGAAACUAGAGUCUGCAACUGAGGUUCCAGACCUGACGCCCGUGUCCCAACUGACAUGGGAAAUAUCGGGCGGAGAUGACGAGAUCAGCAAGAAGAGGAGAGGGGAGUUCCCACCACAGAAAGAACGACCUGCCAAAAAGAGGAAAGAGUCUUCCAACGAAGUGGUUGCAAAUGGACAGUCUGACAGUGUGAAGUCCUAUGGUACCUUGGAGAAGAGUUCAACAGUUCAGAAGUCUAACGGAGAAACCAGACCUCCAACUAAACCCAAACAAGCCCCUAGGAAGCCCCAGACCCCUGUGUGUGUUUUUGACAGUUGUGACGACUCCGAUGGUGACAUUAGGAUGUUGGUGCAGCAGAGUGCACCGGCGGACACCCCAGUAGACGAGGACAACCUGGAGGUGGUAGGUGAUGACUACAUACCCAGAACAUUCCAGAAGACUAAAGAUGUCUGCCAGCUUCCAGUGGGGUCUUGUAGGAAGGGUGAGGAGGAUUAUGACUCGGCUGAUACUGAUGAGAUCCUCAACUCCAGGAAAACACCCAGCGGUACCAAGCAGGACCAACUGCCCGAGGUCAGUAAAACACAGGAGAAAGCUGAGGUGGAUAAGCAAACCAACAACAUGGAAACAAACAGAGCUAAAGCAAAAAAGGCUGACAAAGUCCUCCCUGAAAAGGCUCUAAAGAAAGUCUUCCCUAAAAAGAAAGCCCCUUCCCCAGAGUGUGAUAGUGGUGAUGGUGGGGAUGAUGACUCGGAAGAAGAGAGUGAAGAUUCUAACUCUUCAAAAGCCAAAAAGACCUAUAAAGUCCUCCCUAAGAAAAAGGCUGUUGAGAAGUCCACUACCCCUUCAGGAUCUGAUGGUGACGACUCGGAAGAGAGUGAUUCUGACUCGUCAAAAGCCAAAAAGCCCGGCAAGAAAGUCCUCUCUAAAAAGAAGACCCCUCCUUUAGAAUUAUCAUCAUCUGAUGAUGAUAGUGAAUCAUACGAAGAUCAAUCUGAGGCUAGCGCCGAUUCUGAAUACGAAGCCAUGUUUACUAACUGUCAGCGGUUAGAGUUUUCACUGGACGAUCUGCAGCAGCUGGUUAAAGAAUCGUUUUUAAAAGGCUUAGACCGGGACAGUGACGAUGACGAUCCGGGAUCUGAUUCACGACAACCUGGACCAAAUCGGAUGUCUGAGAUGUUAUCAACAGAACCCCAGAUUACUGACUCUAAGGCUCCUUUACCGCCAGCUAAAACAGGAAAUGGCAACACACCAGAGGAGAUUCUGGCGGCCAUCUUUGAAGAGGACGACAGCGACGAGGUGAGUGAGAAGAAGAAGAAGAAGAAGAAGAAAGGGAAGAAGAAGAACCCGUCGACGUCACUUCCUGCUUUCCAGGGGACCAAGGCUCUCUUGGCCACAGCUGGUCUAAAAAGACAACUUAAAGAGGAGGGUAAAAUGGAGAAACAGAAACAUGACAGAUUAGUGUCUAAACCCAGUGUCUCAGAGGAUGAUGUCAAGACUGUGGCAAAACCCUCAAAAACUAAAGACUCAACUCCUCCUCCUAGCAGCUCGGAUAGUGAAGAUACAACCGAGUCAUCAGCCCUCGAACAGAAAACGACAUCUAAAGCCAAGGCAGAGAGAACUGUUGAGCCAACAGCCCUAAAACGGAAACCCACAGCAGCGGCCGAGGCGGAGAAGAAGGCUAGCUCUACAUCCAGCAGCGGUUCCUCCAGUGAGGAGUCAGAGAGCAGUGAUGAAGAAGAAGAGGAGAUGGAGGAAGAUGUUCAUAACGCCUCUAGGAGCGUACCCGCUAAGAAGACUCAAAAGGCUGAGGUGUUUAAGAAGCCCCAGAGUGCUAAGCAGCAGGACAACCAGAGACGCCUAGCUGCACAAGAACAGAGGCAGAAGGAAGCUGACCUACAGAAGAAUCUCAUCCAGGGGGCUCUGGCUAAAUUGGAUUCAGCUGGUAAUGGGAAGCAGCACAUCAAGUUCAGCUCUGAUGAUGAUGAUGAUGAUGAUGAUGAUGAUGAACAUACUUCCCCAGUACCUCCCAACCCCAAGAAGACACUGUUCCAGGACAGCCAGUCUGACGAGGAAGACUCUAGUGAUGAAGAAUCACCAGUUAGAGGGAAACCAGGCCAUAAAGACAAGGAAUCUGAGAAGCCGGCGGGCGGCAACCUGUUUGACAGUGAUGAGGAUGAGGAGGAUGAGGAGGAUGGGGACCGGUUCCAGAUUAAACCUCAGUUUGAAGGAAAAGCUGGAGCGAAGCUCAUGCAACUGCAGUCGAGGUUUGGAACAGACGAGCGUUUCCAGAUGGAUCGCAGGUUUAUUGACAGUGAUGAGGAUGUUCCAGAGAAAGAGUUGCCUCAGCCGGUGUGUGAGCUGACAGAGGAGAAGAGGAAGAAUCUCGAUAUCUUAAAUAAUCUGCUCAACAUCAACAUUCAACCCUCCGACCCUAAUAAACCCACAGCCAAGGGCAAGACGUUCAGAGAUAUCUCCGCGUUGCAGUAUGACCCAACCAAAGAGGGGCACGCUGCUUUUGAAACUAAGAAUGAGGAGCCCAAGAAAGAAAGUAAACUGGCAAGGAAGAGGAAGCGUGAGGAGGCUGAGAAGCUUCCAGAGGUUUCCAGGGAGAUGUAUUACGACGUGUCCUUGGACCUGAAGGAGGUGUUUGGAACCUCCAAGGAGGAGAAAACAGAAGAGGAUGUGUCCUGGGAUAAACAGGAGGAGACCAGUCAGGCUAUGGCAGUAGAUUCAGUCAUAGUGCCAUCUCACCAGUCAACCAAUGAGGGAGAGGCAUCGUCAGGCUUCAAGUUCUCAUUCUUUGAUGACCCGGCAUCUGACACCGCCACUGAAAAAGAGGAGUACCGUAUCGAGAUGCUCAAGGGAGCCAAGGUGUCAUGGCAGGUGGACCCUCGUUUCCAGGACAGCAGUGAGGAGGAGGAGGAGGAGGCCAAGGAACAGACUGGCACCGCUAAACCAACAGAAGAGCCAGUGGCGUCAAACAAAGCCUUCUUCUUUUUCCGACUUGACGACAAACGGUUAAAAGUGGGGCCCAAAGCAUUCUGCAGGUCAUCCAAGCUGGAGGACCAGAGAGAGGACUGGGAGGAAAAGAGGACUGGGCUCAUAGAGGAGUACCGUAAAAAACACAAGGAUGCAAGAAGGAAGCUGAAAACUUCCCAAAGAAACUGACCCACAAUAACCACAGGACACUGAGUGAGAGAGAAGAACUGUUGUUUGACUACCAACCAUGUUAGUCAACACUUCUCCUCAGACCAGUUCAAAUCAUUUUUGGACUCUAGGGAAAUGUCUUUGUAUUAAGUUUGUGUUAAGUUCUAAGCUCCAACUGCAAUCGUGUUUCCAGCAUAGUUUUUGUAUUCAUAAAGAAUUAUGGCCGUUUACCAAUAAAACCAGCUCCAUUUUCUGCCACCAGGGGGACAGGACAGUGUUGUAUAACUGAUUGGUGUUUUUGACUGACUUGAGAUGGUGAGGGAGACUGAAGUUGCCCCUAGAUGCUGAUCUCAGGUCAGUUUUGCAUUUCCCCCCCCACUAAUGGUUUACAUUAGGAUUGGGGAAGGGGAAUCUGAUCCUGGAUCUGUUCCUAGGGAAGACUGCUGUCCACAGCUAGAUCCAACUCCAUGUACAUGACAUAAUGAUGUGAAUCUGAUCUUUAAGUUACAGUACCAAUGGUUGUAAUGGUUGAUUUAUGUUUAUUUUCUAUGGAGAAUAAAAACCUGAAUAUCUUUCA